UUGAACAUGAUGAGAUCUCCAAAGUUUGUUUUCUGUCUGAUAUGUUUGUUCGUGGGGAAAAUGGCUCAUAUGACAGAUCUGAAAGUCUCCUCAUUUAUUCAUCAAAAGACACGUUUUGUAUCAGCUGAUAUUGGAGAAAAUGUGACUCUGCAAUGUUUCUAUAAAGGUCUUAAUUCAGCAUGGCUUUACUGGUAUAAGCAAAAUCUGGGACAGAAACCAAGGCUCAUGUCUACCUUCUAUGUGUUUGAUACAAAAGCCACUUUUUAUCAUGAAUUCAACAAUCCACGCUUCACACUGGAUACUAAAAACAGUACAAAUCACUUGACAAUAUUUGAUUUGGACAUUUCAGACUCAGCUACUUACUACUGCGGAACUAGCUAUAAAUAUGUCUUGACUUUUGCAGAGGGCACUACUGUCAGUGUAAAGGGUUCAGGUUUGACCGUCCCAGUUUUGGUCAAUCAGUCAGCAUCUGAGCCCAUCCAGCCAGGAGGCUCUGUGACUCUGAACUGUACAGUACACACUGGGACCUGUGAUGGAGAACACAGUGUUUACUGGUUCAAAAACUCUGAAGAAUCUCAUCCAGGACUCAUUUACACCCAUGGAGGCAGGAACAAUCAGUGUGAGAGGAAUUCCAGCACACAAACACACACCUGUGUCUACAACUUGCCACUGGAGAGCCUGAAUCCUUCUCAUGCUGGGACCUACUACUGUGCUGUUGCCUCAUGUGGACACAUACUGUUUGGAAACGGGACCAAACUGGACUUUGAAGAUCAGGUGGAUUCUCUUGUCUUGGUGUAUUUCUUGAGUGGAGCUUUGACAUUCACUACCAUCCUGAUUGUUCUACUGGUUAUCUUAGUGUACAAGAUAAUUAAGAAAAACAACUGCCAAUGUACAGAGUCUCAAGCAAGAUUAUCAAGUCCUUCCGCAACAACUGCAGAGGGUUACCAAGAUGCAGACAGCCUCCAUUAUGCUGCUUUAAAUGUUAACCUGCCCAACAGAUCAAGAAGACAGAGGAACAACACCAACAGUGAAUGUGUGUACUCCAGUGUGAGGCAGAUGAACUGAACAUGUUACAUUUAUAUUUAACUAUAUUGGUUUCAAUAAAAAAGAUUUUGUGGUAUUUCAAGUGUAGACCUAAUGCAGAUUUAGAUGUUUAUUCUGAGAAAUAUUUGUGUAUCUGUGGUGUGCAACAAAAGGAUGAGGCCCAGUACUCCCAGGAAUAAUGUUUUUAUUGAAUGAUUUUGCUCCUUUGAUUUACUCCCAGUCCCAAAUUCAGUCCCAAUGCAAGAAGAAGAAGUGUGGCCUUUAUGUAGUGAGGCAGAAAGUACUGAGUACUGAGAGUGGGAGUAGGGGUGGUGCAUCAGACUUUUGUUAAAGUCAACGGGAAGUAUUUUGUUUGACCUUCAAUAAUUGAAUCCUACAGUGCAUAUGUUCAUUUUGAUGACAGACAGCUGAGUCAGUACCUAUGCUAAAAUGAGAGAAACAAACCAGACAUAAAGUCCAUUAUGCUACAGGGUUACAAUGAAUUCUGUGUAUCAUACCGAUGGUGGAUGGGUUUUACAGCUGCCUGAAGUUUUCUUAGUCAAGUCUGAUCUUUAUUGCAUUCAUUUAAGCCUUGGCAAUAGAACAGAAUCCUUCUUCCACUGCUUGCUUGAUUGUUUGCAUACACAGUGACAGUUGAUCAGAUUUUAGUGGAGUGUGCUUAGUGUAUUGAUCAUGUAGAAGAGCAAGGUGAAGGGAUCAGGCUUGGCUACCCCACCAUUACAACUGUGUUUCCUUCAAUAAUGUUAAAUGCUCAGGGUAUAUACAGUGAUACACUGAGAAACAUUAACAUAGAAAAGUCUCCUGGUGAGGACAAAUCUAACAUGCAGUACCUAGGCUUGACUCUCCUGUUUUCCUUGUGCAUAUUUUUGGUUCAACCUUUACCUCUGGUAAACUCCUGUAAUAUGGAAAACAGCUCAGUUACACAACAGUAGUGAUUCUUUUGACCUCAACAACUAUCGACCUACAUCCACACUCUUCUCUCUCUUAGCAGAAUCACUGGUUAGCUCACAAUACUUGCCCAUCCUGUCCUAAAUCCAAAGAGGUCAGGAUACCUGGUCAUAUUACAAUAACUGCUGUUGUGGAUGACAUUGUUAAAUUGCUUGAUAAAAGGCAAGAUUUUGCUGCAGUCAGUGUAGAUCAGAUAGAUUUAAUGUUGAUCAUAAUAUUUUAUCAAAUCUUCUUAACCUUUAUUUAACUAGGAAAGUCACAUUGAGGUUAAAACUUCUUUACAUUGGUGUUGAUGAUUCAGCUUACAGGUGGAAUCUUUCUGGUAAAGUUCAGACUGUUGUUGCAGAUUAUUUUCAAUCAUGUUUGAUAAAUGAUACUAAGUAAAUAAUUUCCAACUGAAAA